AUGAGCAAGAGAUCAGGACAAAAGCAGAACAGGUUCUUGAGAAUCAUUACCAUGCCUCUAAAAGUUUUAGGCAAGGCUCGUGAUCUCUACAUGCGAAGCAUCACAGGCUGCGCAGCUCGCACUCACUACUCCUCCGCUGACUCCGUUUCCAUUCCCUUUCCGAGAAGCCGGAGCACUUCAUCGGCCUUCUCCUCCUCCGCCUCUUCACGGAGGAUGUCUUCCGAUUUCACCUUCGACGAUGACUACAGCGAGCUUCUCAGAGCUGCUUCCGUUAGGAGUUUGGGGCAUAAGAACGAGAUUGACAUGAUCAUGCACCAACAGCUUCAGCAGCGGCAGCGUCAAGAAAAUCGCGUCGCCGUGGGAGCGGUUACUGUUGCGGCGGCAAAAGGCGGUUUGCCGAAGAGCUCGAGUGUAGGGAUGACAAUGGCGAGGAUUGAUGAAGAAGAUGAAGAAGAAGGAUCAGUGAAGAAUCAAAAGAAAGGAUCUGAUUUCUUAUACCCUCGUAGCAGAUCACAUGCUGUUACUAUCAGAGGAUCCAGAUUUUGA